GUCAUUCUCCAGCCGCCGGCGCCCCACCCGGAAGCGGCAGAAGCAUGUGUCCCUCCUACCUGACUGGGCGGCCUGGUUUCCGGUUUCCGGCCUGAGUUGCAGGGGGAAGAGAAGCGGAGGCAGGAGAGAUGGUUCUGAUGAAGGAAUUCCGAGUUGUACUGCCUGUGUCAGUGGAAGAGUAUCAGGUGGGGCAGCUGUUCUCUGUGGCGGAGGCGAGUAAAGACAACACAGGAGGAGGGGAAGGGAUCGAGGUGCUUAAGAACGAGCCGUAUGAGAAGAAUGGAGAGAAAGGACAAUACACACACAAGAUCUACCACUUACAGAGUAAAGUCCCAAGUUUUGUGAAGAUGUUGGCGCCAGAAGGGUCCCUGGUGUUUCAUGAGAAAGCCUGGAACGCCUACCCCUACUGCCGCACAAUCGUCACGAAUGAAUAUAUGAAAGACGACUUCUUUGUGAAAAUUGAGACCUGGCACAAACCGGACUUUGGGGAACAGGAGAAUGUACAUGGACUGGACUGUGACACGUGGAAAGAGGUGGAAGUUGUGCCCAUAGACAUCGCUGAUCGAUCCCAGAUAAACGAGGGUGAUUACAAAGCAAAUGAGGAUCCAGCAAUCUACAGGUCGGAGAAGACAGGUCGGGGACCCUUGAACAAGGAUUGGAAGAAGGAGUUGGCCAACAACCCGUCGAGCCCUCACAUGUGUGCCUACAAGCUGGUCACGGUGAAGUUCCAGUGGUGGGGCCUUCAGGGAAAAGUAGAGCGGUUUAUUCACAAGCAAGAGAAGCGCCUUUUCACCAACUUCCACCGGCAGCUUUUCUGCUCGUUGGACCGAUGGGUGGAUCUGAACAUGGAAGACAUCCGCCGUAUGGAAGACGAGACACAGAAGGAACUCGAUGAGAUGCGACAGAAAGGAACAGUCCGGGGAAUGUCUGCCAAGGAUGAAUAAGUUCCUGCCGUCCCGCACUCACGGAUUCCCCUCAGCUGGAGCCUGUCCUCUGUCCCUCCUCUCAUCUGCUGGACGGAGCCUGGGCACAUUUGGAUUUGGGAUGAAAAGCUGAUGGAACUUCUCUCUCACCUCCCUGAUACUACUUUACAUCCUCCACCUUCGUUAACCCUUCUGGUUCCCUUCCAUUUCUCCAUCUAUUUCCCUGAUUUCCACUCUGGUUCUUCAGAACAGAACUCUGCAGCACCUCGGCCUUCUCUCCUUCAACCAGCAAGUGGCAUCAGACUUUGGGGGGGGUUGAUAUCAGACACUAAGCCCUGACAAUGAGACUUUCCUUUUCGGAGGUGAGAGCGUUGCUUGGUGGGGUAAAGCAAAUUACCCUAUCACCCUGAAAGAAGGGAGUUCUCAUCAAGCAGCACUUGACAUGUUUAUACCCCCAAACUGUCCCCUCUUCCCUGUGCCAGGAGGUUGUACAGAAGCAGAGGAAGGGCUGUGUUGUCUCUCCAUCUUGUAUUUUAAAGUUCUUCAUUGAUUUGUUCUGUACUGCAGGGUCCAGAGACAUGAGCUAAGGGACCACGAGGGGAAGAAAUUAAUGGGGCUGUGAUCCUGCCUGGGGCUGGAGGGCAGAGGGGUUGUUAGAUUUUUCUUGUUUGUUUUUCCAUUUCCUUUUAUGUUUUUUACAGGGAUCAUGGUAACAUUUAUUGUAAUAAACAAAGUCAAGGAG